AUGUCGGGCCGAAAGAGCGUGGCCAAGGGCGAGAUCAAACUUGUGGAGUAUCUGCGAGUGGUCGCUAGGGUAGACAAUGCGGAGAAUGCGAGUGCCCUCGUCAAUCCCGGAGAAGCCUUCGGGAAUUGGAAGGUCGUAGAGGACCAUGUGCGCGAAGUGUGUGCCUUUGCGAGCGACGACGGCGAAUACUUCGUGUGA